CCGAAGGAGGCCGGCCUGAAAUCGAGCGAGAGCCUGCCUGUUAUUCGCGUUUAAGCUUCAAUCCGUCCCCUUCUUUUGCUUGUUACCGCGCAAUUUUAGGGUGGUUUUUAGAGCCGCCCCGAAGAGCUCAACAUGCUUCUUCCAAAAGGCGGCAUUACAUGGAAGUCUGCAAAGGCACAACUCCCCCCUACCAGAGCUAUAUGGAUGUUCUUAACACGGACGCGAGUUCUUCUAUCCAUUGCCGUCGCUGGCAUAAUUUUAUUAUUAUGGCGCGGCAUUAGGACAUCGGCGAGCGAAAUGCAAAGCUUUUACUGCUGGGGCCCGUCAAAACCCCCAAUGGAUAUGUCACUUAAUGAGCAGCAAGCGUGGAAUGCUCACCUCCAAACACCUGUCAUAUUUAAUCACCAUGCUCCGAUAACUAUCAACGAAUCCUCGAUUACCCACGUCAAUCUCAACCAGAUCAAAUCGACGCGCCAAGCCAUCGACAAUGAAGAGCGAGUCCUCCUCCUCACUCCCUUGAAGGAUGCUGCGCCGUACCUUUCAAAAUACUUCGAACUCAUCGCCGAGCUGACUUAUCCUCAUCGUCUCAUUGAUCUUGCUUUCCUUGUUGGAGACUCUACCGAUGAUACUAUGGGUGUGCUGGGAAUGGAGCUAGAUCGCAUUCAAAAGCGCCCGGAUAAUAUCCCGUUCAACAACGUUUUUAUUGUCGAGAAGGAUUUUGGAAGUCAUCUUAGCCAGUCUGUCGAAGAUCGGCAUAGUUUUGAGGCUCAAGGCCCACGACGAAAGGCUAUGGGCCGCGCUAGAAAUUACCUACUAUCCGCUGCUCUAAAACCGGAGCACUCUUGGGUGUAUUGGCGUGAUGUCGACAUCGUGGAUAGCCCUAAGAAGAUUCUCGAAGAUUUCAUUGCGCAUGAUCGAGACAUUCUUGUGCCCAAUAUUUGGUUUCACCGUUAUGAAGGCCAGGGCGAAAACAAAUACGAUAUCGAGGGACGAUUCGAUUACAAUUCCUGGGUCGAAUCCGAAAAAGCUCUAAAACUCGCGUCGAAGCUAGAUAAGAACAUAGUGUUAGCAGAAGGCUAUAAACAGUACGACACAGGCAGGACGUACAUGGCACGCAUGGGCGACUGGAGAAACGACCCAGAUGAGGAAAUUGAGCUUGAUGGUAUUGGAGGUGUCAACAUUCUAGUAAAAGCCGAUGUUCAUCGAUCGGGCAUCAAUUUCCCGUGCUAUGCAUUCGAAAACCAAGCCGAGACGGAAGGGUUUGCGAAGAUGGCCAAGAGGGCUGGUUACGAAGUCAUCGGACUACCGAAUUACGUCGUCUGGCACAUCGACACAGAAGAAAAGCCAGGAAACGCAUAAGCUACCAUCAAUCUUCGUUUGGAAACCUUUGCAUAUUUUCCUUGUCUAUAACAACAUUCCUUCAUCGUACCAAAUUGGCCCGCCGUUGAGGCAAUCGACGUCCAGAUGGGACAGGGAACGUAAUACUUGUACGAGGAACUCAUGACACACAUACACAGCAACUGCAUCAAAAUACCAGAGUCGUCAGAUACGUUGGGCAAAGAGGCGUUUAGAAAGGAUGGGAUAUUCGAUUCUCAUGCCAUUGAUCUUGUU